AUGGCUACUUCACUCUCGGUGUGGUUCUGUCCCAAUGCCUUAGCUCGCCCUAACACUCGCACUCGCACUCGCACACGCGUUAACGACAAACCUCUCCCGAACCCUAAAUUGAAGAAGGCGGAACCGGUGCCGGUGUUGCUCUCUGGCGGCGAACCCACCACCUACACUCGUCUCCCACUCAGAGAUGAUUAUUCAUCUCCUUCCACUUCUUCUUCCUCUUCCUCUUACGAAAUCAAACUCUCCGAUUCAAUUAACCAACUUCUCCGCAACGAACUACAACAAAACGAACAACAACAGGAACAACGACGACGACGAAAACAACAACAACAAGAAGAAGAAGUUGUCGAUGAUGGAGACUACUUCGAAGGCAAUGACGAUUCUGAAUUUGAAUCUGAAUCUGAAGGCGAUGAUGAAGGUGCAGAGCUUUUCAGCGGUGAAUCCGACGGCGAGGUGAAGGAGAAGGGGGUGCCGGCGGUGAUGCGGUGUUUCGACCGUGCCAAGAUUUACGUGAAGGCCGGGGAUGGUGGUAAGGGCGUGGUGGCUUUCCGGCGGGAGAAGUACGUUCCUGAGGGGGGGCCGUCCGGGGGCGACGGAGGGAGAGGUGGUGAGGUGUAUAUUGAAGUUGAUGGGUCGAUGAAUUCAUUGUUGCCGUUUCGGAACUGCAUGCAUUUCCGGGCAGAGAAAGGUUCCAAUGGUCAGGGGAGGUUGCAGGAUGGUGCCAGGGGAGAAGAUAUGGUGGUGAAGGUGCCUCCAGGCACAGUGAUCAGGGAUGGUGGUCAUGAUAAUGUGUUGUUGGAGAUGGUGUAUCCUGGUCAGAGAGCAUUGCUGUUGCCAGGUGGAAGAGGUGGCAGAGGGAAUGCUUCAUUCAAGACUGGGAAUAAUAAGGUCCCUAGGAUUGCUGAGAAUGGUGAAGAGGGUGUAGAAAUGUGGUUGGAGUUGGAACUCAAGCUUGUUGCUGAUGUUGGUAUAGUUGGUGCCCCAAAUGCAGGGAAAAGCACGCUUUUGAGUGUUGUUAGUGCUGCAAAGCCGGAGGUGGCAAGUUAUCCCUUUACCACUCUGCUUCCUAAUCUGGGUGUUGUUUCCUUUGACUAUGAUUCAACAAUGGUGGUGGCAGAUCUUCCUGGUCUACUUGAAGGAGCUCACCGAGGUUUUGGUUUGGGUCACGAGUUUCUGAGACACACUGAAAGGUGUUCUGCCUUGGUACAUAUUGUUGAUGGUUCAUCACAGCAGCCUGAUCUUGAGUUUGAUGCAGUUCGUCUAGAGCUGAAGCUGUUUAAUCCUGAACUUGCUGAGAAGCCUUAUGUAGUUGCUUAUAACAAAAUGGAUCUUCCAGAAGCAUAUGAAAAGUGGGAAUCCUUCAAAGAAAAGUUGCAAUCUCGUGGGAUCACACCUUUUUGUAUGAGCGCAAUCAAAAGGGAAGGUACUCAUGAAGUUAUCUGUGCUGCUUAUGAGCUUUUGCGCAGAAGUAAAGAAGACAAGGAGGAAUAUGAAGAUGGAAGAGAUAUGGUAGACUUGAACCAUGUGGCUGAUGCAGUACAGAAGCAACGAAGUGCAUCCAUUAGUGAUUUUGAGAUUUUUCGUGACGGGGAUACAAAUAUUUGGCAUGUGGUUGGAUCUGGAUUGCAACGUUUUAUCCAGAUGACAAAUUGGCGGUACGUUGAUUCAGAGAUAAGGUUCCAGCAUGUUCUUGAGGCUUGUGGUGUGUUUAAGUCUCUCAUGAAACUUGGUGUAAAGGAAGGCGACAAAGUGAUUGUUGGAGAGAUGGAGAUGAUAUGGCAUGACUCCUCAGACAAUUUUGGUGUAUCAAGGAUGAAGAAAAUAUCCACAAAUUCAAUUAAAUGGCCUGAAUUUAAGUAGUCCCACUCUAUUCCGGUGCUUCUAGAUUCAUCUUUAGUGCAACUAUCUCAUAGUUCAUGCAGGAAGCUAAUUCAGUCAAAAGGAGAUGAUAUUGAAGAGGAUAAAAAUCGUGAGAAGCUGCCUCAGAAAGAGUAAGGGUAAAGCAUGCUAAUUACAUGCCUGACGUGUGAUGGUAUGAUGCUGGUGCAUUUACGAUUUCAAAUUCUUUUAUUCAACUGGAAGCUGAGGUCCUCUUCAACUGAGUUAGGUUAGAUACAGUCGUAAAGGUGCACAUCCAGCAUCAUUUGUUGGCUUAAAUUGGUUUAAAACAGAUAAAUUGCCUAUGUAAUUCUAUAAUGAUGUGUUAGAAACGAAUUUGUAAUAGGAUGUAAAAUGUCUAAUAUGAUUACAUCAUUAUUUUUGACACACUGCUCUCAUGUGGAUUGGAUAAUUUGAUAAAAUUAUAGUG